GAAGAGUCUCCAGUUCCAUUGCCCUGUGCAGGGAAGAAGCCAUCAGUGACAAAUGGCAGCACUUGCAGACAACAGCCUGAGCUCAGCUGCAAUUUGAACCCUUCAGUUAAAGCAAACAGGUCAGCAGUGAAAUGGACUCGUGAUGUUUCAGAAAGAGGAUCCUAGAUGACAAAGAACAGAAGAAAAGGAAGUGUUCUUCACUUGCAUUCUGGUCCCAGGAGUGUGGGGGGGUCUCUCACAAAGCAUAGGGAAAGGAGGACAGACCUGGAGUUCUGGCAGAAUGGGAGAAGCUGUGUGGAUAGUGGUCUUCACGAUGGCUUUCACCUGCUGCAGUGCCUUCCUGGACCUGUCUGGUGUCCACGAGAUGAAGGUCAUGUGGAUGGGCUCCACCAUGGUGCCAUGUAGCUACGUGCCCUCAGAAGGUUUCAUGCAGCAAACGCUCAGCUGGAGCCUGGAGCGAGACCACAGCAGCUCAACCAUCUUUCGGAGGGACAGUUCUGGUGACCACGUUUUGCUCUCCCGCUUCCGAGACCGCAUCAGUGUCCCAAAGGACAGCCCUGGGAACGCCUCACUGCUGAUUGAGAGCCUUGAAAUCACUGACAGUGGACACUACACCUGUCAAAUCACCUGGAUUUCUGAAAAUAACAGCUUGGUAACAAAGGAGGUGACCACUACAGUUAAAGUUCUCAAAGUUGCAGCUACCAAGCCCAUCAUCAGGGCCGGUGAGCUGGGGCUGAGGGUCCCAGCAGGAGCCAGGACCAGCCUGACCUGUGAGGCCAGUGGCUCCCCCCCCAUCAGCUACCGCUGGUUCAGGAGCACCCCAGAGGGCAAAGCCCUGUUCCUCAGCAGCCAAGCUGAGCUGGCAUGGGACAACCUGCAUCCCUCUGACUCCGGGAGGUACUACUGUGAGGCAACAAACAGAGCUGGGGCCGGAGCCGUGCAGCAGAGUGAUGCUGUGGAGCUGACUGUGACAACAGGUGCUCCGCGGGCCGCGCACCCCUCGCACCUCUACGCGCUGGCGGCCGCGCUGGGCGUGGCGGUGCUGGGCGCGCUCCUGGCCGCGAUCCUCUGCCGGUGGCGGCGGCGGCGGCGACAGGACAAGGCGGAUUCGAUCUAUCAAGUCUGUUUCCACAGCACUGCAGAUGUCACCAGACUGGAGGCUGAUGUGGAAGUCCCUGCUAAGUGCCCACUCACAGAGACAAACCCUAAGGCUGCAACAUCCAAUGACUCUCCCACCAUUAAAGACAACAGCCACAAUGGCACAUGCAUCAGGAAAAGUUCUGAGUACGAGAACCUUCUGACUGCAAUGGAAUCAGAAUAUGAAAUAGAAUUUAGUGGAGUACCAGCUCUUCCAAACUAGCAGCUGUGUGGGGCCGCAGAUAGCGAGUGGUAAAUGUUACCAGAGGAAACUCUUCCCCCUGUCUGCCUUCUGCUCUGAUAAGCACACCAGUCUCACUGCUUGCUUUAACCCAGGGGAACUACAGAACCUCCUGGGGCCUUGGCAAAUGAGGUCUUGCCCCUUGGUGCAGAAACCCUUAGCCGAGCGGUUAUCCACCUGCUUUUAUUGAGAGGGUAAUUUCUGAGCAGCCUGAAGGAGCAAGGUGAGGAAAAGAGGGUCAGAAGGAGUGAAAACGAGCACAUCUUUAGCCUGCCAAUCGAAGGUGUAGCUGGGUGGAGCGCUGCUAGCCAAUAACACCGGCAAGGUGGAUGUUCAAGUGCAUGUUCCCAGACUGCAAGAAGCCAGGGACUGUGCUGGAAAUGUACAUCCUCUGUCCUUUACAGCUCAACAAAUACCUGUUGUACA